GUGUAUGACUUCCAUUACCUUUCUUCUUCAUCUUCUUCUGGCAUUUCAUGAAAACCAAGUGACACAAAUGUCCUCCUCCCCUGACUACGAGGUUCACCUACACCGUCCAUCUCUUCUUCUUCCCCUCCCAUUUGAUCAUCGUUUAAUCUCCCAAAAGAAAAUUAUAUAAUCCUAAAUUGUUAGGUAAAAUCUUCGGUCCUCUUUUGAUUUCUUCAUUAUUAUGGACUGUUGCGAAAAGUCAUCCAUGGCUGAGACGCCGGAGAUCGCCUAUGCUCUCCUGUUCAAGGCUGCCGUGGCUAUUCCGGCACUGCACUACUUGUUGGGACUAGCAAUAGUAUGUGCGAUUUCGUUGUACAGAUUUUUGGAGCUCCAUUUGCUUCACGAUCUCCUCUUCGGAUUCCGUGGAGAUCCCGUUUCGCUAACCUACAACCCCUGCUCUGAAAUUUAUCACGGAGUUGUCUCUAAAUGUCGUGUUAUUCAUAGCAGGUAUCUGACAACACCUUGGCUCUCUAGCCCACACCUCCAGACGUCCUUCAUAAAUUUCUUUGGGCGACCUCCUGUUUUUACAUACAGAAGACAAAUAUUUAAUGCAUCUGAUGGCGGGACUUUUGCUUUGGAUUGGGUCUUGAAAUCAGAUGUUUCUGGAACUGCUACUGACAAGAACAUUACCAUAUCUAAGGAUGAUACGACUCCCAUCGUGGUAGUGAUACCAGGAUUAACUAGUGAUUCUGCUUCCCCCUACCUAAAGCAUCUUGCCUUUAACACUGCUAAAUGUGGAUGGAAUGUUGUUGUCAGCAAUCAUCGAGGAUUAGGCGGUGUAUCAGUCACUUCCGAUGCUCUUUAUAAUGCGGGAUGGACAGAAGACAUACGAAAUGUCAUCAAGUAUCUGCAUAAGGAGUAUCCAAAAGUUCCAAUAUUUGUUAUUGGUACCAGUAUUGGUGCUAAUAUUCUGGUGAAAUAUCUUGGUGAAGAUGGAGAUAAUGUUCCUGUUGCAGGGGCUGUAGCGGUGUGCUCUCCUUGGGAUCUCUUGAUUGGUUCAAGGUUUAUAUCUCGCAGGCUGGUGCAAAGGUUUUAUGAUAGGGCUCUUACUAUUGGUCUUCAAGGUUAUGCAUACAUGCAUGAACCUCACUUAUCCCGACUUGCUAAUUGGGAUGGGAUUGUAAAGUCACGCACAAUUCGUGAUUUUGACACUCAUGCCACCUGUCUGGUUGGAAAAUUUGAGACUGUGGAUUCAUACUAUAGGCAUAGUAGCAGUUCACCUUAUUUGGGACUUGUUUCCGUGCCUCUACUUUGCAUAAGUGCAUUAGAUGAUCCGGUCUGUACAGCAGAAGCUAUUCCAUGGGAUGAGUGCAGGGCAAAUAAAAAUGUAGUUUUAGCCGUGUCAAAGCAUGGAGGACAUCUUGCCUUUUUCGAAGGAGUUGCUGCAUCCAGCUUGUGGUGGGUGAGAGCAGCCAAUGAAUUUAUUGGUGUUCUGCAUUCUAGUCCAUUCAUGCACAAACCAAAGCAGCAGGCAGAGAAACACAGUGUGCAUUCUCAAUCAAUGGAGUGUUCAAUGGAUCGGGGACCGUACAUUAGCAUGGCAGAUGGAAUGGUAGCCCCAAUGAAAGAUGAUAAUGUGUCAUCAUCAACAAAUGCUAAUGCAGAAGAAGAAGAAGAAGAUGCACAACAUUUGAAGAAUAUAAAGAUCAUAGCGGCUCCAGGUGGUGGUGGUGGUGGAGGAGGAGGAGGAGGAGGAGGAGGAGGAGAAUCUUCCAAUAACAAUAGCACUGCGGAGUUAAGUGAUGAUGAUGCUAGCAAAGCCUCUCCUCCACCACUUGAUAGGAGCGGCUUCUUGAACAGUUGCUUGGGGCACCUCACCCGGCAGAGUCGGAGGUCGAUUUGGCUUCUGGCGUACAUUGCACUGGUGUCAUCUUGGCCACUGGCAGCUCCAGUCCUCCGCUUCUUAUUCAAGAAAAGGGGCAGGAAAACAUCGCCUCCCACACACUCCCAUUAAGCAAAACUUUGUAACAGCACUAUUAGCCAUGGAGGAUUUAAGCAUGACUCAAUAAAUACAUCAUUAAUUAUUGUCUUCCAAUUCGUAUUUCUUCCCACCUCAUUCGCUAUAUAUAUUGUAAUAAUGGUGUCACUACCCCUCCCCCCAACCAAAUAUUAGACACUAGAACAAAGAUGAAAGGAUUGAAGACCCAAAGCGGGAAGUGAGUGCUUCUCCCAUAAGGUAUGAAUUGAAGGAACCAAAUCACCAUGUUUCCAAGAUGAUGAUGAUUAUUAUUACUUUCUCCGUUCUUGAAUAUUUGUUCACUUUUGAUUUUUGCGGUCAAAAUUGAUAAACUUUGACCUUAAAU